GUGACCCGUUCGACCUUCAGAGGCCUGUUGGAGCGUCUACGCGUUCCCCCAAAACACCCAAUGUCCGAUGAAUGUACGUUUUUGGUCCAUAUGUCCAUGUACAAAAUCGAAUAUCCAUUGUACGUGCCACGGAUGCGCACAUCUCAACGUCCGUGACAGGUCCGUCGCGGAUGUCCGUGGAAAAUCGUAUGUGGACCUUCGAUAUGUGAGCGAAAAAUAGAACCCUAUACUUUCGCGAAAGUCACGACCAAACGAGACCAAAUUACACUUCUUAAGCUUGCUUCAGGUUUUCAAAGUUCGAAAGACCGCGCUUUUUUCAAAGGAUUCGCCGCACGUUCAGGUACAUCUUCAUAUAAAAAGGGCACUGAGGAGAAAAAAAAAGUGAGCAAACCACACCCCGAUACACACAAAGUGUGUAUGUGUUCCUUCGUCCUGCUAGAUUCGGCGUGGAAGCCGGCUGACUGCUUGUCAUCUGGCCACCUGUCAUCAUCAUCAUCACCAUCAUCGUUUGUGCGUCUGUGCGUCUUCGGCGGGAAAGUGCAUGGGAAAGUGGCGUUCGUCAUAGUGUUAUUUCAUUUGAAGUGAAUUUUUUGUGUGUCUGGCCAAAGUUCGUCGGCGUAGGAUGGACACAGAAGGAGACAGGGACUUUGUGAUUAUGAAAUUUGGUGAUGACACUGUCGACAUUGCGCACAGAAAUUGGGAGAAUGACGGUAUGUGUGCAUGGCCACCAGUGAAAGAUGCUCGCCGAAUACGGGAGCUCGUCAUCUCAGGAACAAUGCCAGGGCCCGGUUGGAAGUGGUUUCCGUGUGUGGCUGUUGGAUGGUUCAGAACGUAUGAGGAUGCCAGAAAAAUGCUGCCCCGUGCUGAAGACACGUCAGACCUGGCCAGCGAGAUCGAGCUUGGCAGGGGAAAACGAAAGCAAAGGAGGAGGAGAAUUAGCAGUGAUUCGGAUGUCGAAUCAUCACGCCAGGUGUCAGAUAUGUCAGACGUUGAGAGUGUUGCGCAUGCCCCAACUCCCCGGUUGCCGACACCUCCUUUGGUGAUACCCGACAGAGGCUCUUCAUCUCCCGCAUCAGAUAGGCUGGCAGGCUCUACUCUCAGCAGCUCAUGGGAUCCCAGUGUCUCCAUUCCAAGGCGAAGUAGGCCAUUGAAUGCGGAAACAUCUGCUCCAGCGGACGUUCAACCUUCCAGAGGUUCGAGCUCCAGGAAUUAUUCAGAGGGGAGCCUUGGAGGAACACAAACGGUUCAUGCAAUGUCCCAGCGAUUGGAUCAGCAGCCACCCCAACCUCGACAACUUCUGUCAACACAGAGGUCAAUGUCAAGUGUGGAAGAUUCAAAGUAUGCACGAGAUUUUGAACAGAUCAUCAGGCUCCUUCACACGAUCAGGCUCAACCAAGAAGAACACGGUGAGCAGCUGCAUUUGAUCAUGUCGGAAAUGACAACUCGGGUGCAUGAAGAGCUGGAUGAUGACUUCCUCCAAAGGCCAUUCGAGGACCUCGAUGAAUUUUUGUUCUUUGACAAUGAACUGAAAACAUCCGCUGACAGAAGAGAGAAACUGAGAGCCUUUUUCUGCAAAUUUGGGGGCCGACACGCAAAGGAGAAGACUGUUGUAGCCCUGCAGCAUUUGAUGGGUGACACAGUUGCCGAGCAAUUUAGUUGGUACGGGAAAAAAGGGAAGAUGAAGUUCUAUGAACUUAACAGUUGUGAUAUCCUGCUGAAGGCCCUUUGUAGAGCAAGAACUCGGUCAAAAGCAAGUGGCACAGCUGCAGACACUACCCCAACCUACAAGGAAGUUGAAGCUGCAGUAAAGGACUGGCUGCGUAGGGCUAAAGAACGAAGAGCCAGCCGUAGUAAAGCACAAGUCUCCCAAGAGGAAGAACUCAUCCCAGAUCCAGAAUGAGCAGCACAGAUUAAUGUCGUCUUCAAGCCACAUCGGCUAUAUGCAGGUUGGCAAAAGAUGUUACCUGCAGCCAGCAAACAAUGCUCAGCACAGUUAGGGGAAGCACUGCGCUAUCCGCACAUUGAGCUUAAAUUUGAGGGUGAUUUAAGGCUGCAGUGAAAGAUUACAAAGCAAAAUAUAUUAACCUUGAUACAGAAGUAGAAAGGUUGUUGUGUGGGCAAAAGCUAUUGAUACCAGUUGA